AAUGAACAGAGAGAGCAAGCAGUAUGUUCUCAGUAUGUUCACAGUAAAUGCGGCAGCAUCACUUCAGUGUGUAGAAGAUUGCAGCAACAGCCACACAACCAUGGCAACCAAUGGAAAUCCCACAGGUAUCCGUUUGAAGAAACAGCUUGGUCUCGUCAGCACGACAAGUUACAUCGUCGGCAGUAUCAUUGGUGUGGGUAUUUUCAUCAGCCCGACAGCCGUAUUGGAAGGGGUGGGAUCCUCGGUGGGCUUGUCUCUCCUUGUGUGGACGCUGUGUGGAGCUUUGACCUACUGCGGCGCCAUGUGCUAUGCUGAGUAUGGUACCCGUGUAAAGAAAUCCGGCGGAACCUACACCUACAUCCGAGAGGCGUUCGGAGACCUAGCCGGGUUCGUGUUCCUGUGGACUCAGCUGGUCAUAGUCCGGCCGCUGUCCACCGGUCUGGCGUGUCUGGCCGCUGCAGAGUACAUCAUGAGGCCCGUCUACCUGGCCUGCCCCAACAUGGCCCCCACAACAGCGAAAGCCAUGCUGGCAUUUGUCAUAUUAGGGUUUUUCGUUGCGGCAAAUAUGUACAGUGUGCGACUGGGCUCCUGGCUUCAGACUGUGUCUACUGUGUAUAAAGUGGGUGCGCUGGUGACCAUCGUUUUUGCUGGGAUUCUACAUUUGUGUCAAGGUCACACAGAGAACUUCAGAGACCCCUUCAGAACCACAGGUGUGACUGCUGGAGGUGUUGCCUUGUCGGUCUACGCCGGUCUCUACACCUACGGUGGCUGGGAUAAUGUCAAUAUCGCCGUUGAAGAAGUCAUUCGACCCCACAGAACCAUCCCCACCGCAAUCCUCGGUGGCCUUGCCAUACCAACCUUGACCUACAUUCUUGGCAAUGUCGCGUACCACGCUGUACUCACUAAUGCCGAGAUUCAGUCUGGCGUUGCAGUCGCUGUUGUGUUUGGGGAAAGAAAACUUGGAUUCAUAAAGUGGAUCAUAUUGCCAUGUGUUGCAAUAUCUGCAGCUGGAAUAGCAAAUGCCGUCAUUUUCACGUCGUGCAGAAUAAACUUUGUGGGAGGUCGAGAUGGACUGUUUCCACGGUUUCUGAGUAUGAUCAGUGUCCCAAGAGGAACUCCCCAACCGUCCAUCAUAGCACUGUUCCUCAUAACGACUAUCUUCGUCUGUCUGGGAGAUGUCAAGUCUGUGCUUGGGGCCUAUGCGUUCUACAAGGCUGGAGGGGAAUGUCUGGCAGUCUCUGGAAUAGCCCUCAUAAGGCGUGCACACCCAGAUACCGACAAGACGUACAAGGUUCAUUGGCUUUUCCCAUGUAUCUACGUACUGGCCUUCUUGGUGCUGUCUGUGACGGCCGUCGUGAACGACGCUGGCAAAUAUCUCCCCCCUUUCGUCCUAAUGCUGCUCGGCGUCCCUCUCUACUACAUGUCAAGAAGUCGCUGGUGGAAGCAGGGGCGACUCACCACAGUCAACAAGUGGGUCACACUUCUCUGUCAUCGCCUUCUGUUGUGUGAACACGCCACUCAACUUGUACUGUGACGAGGAGGUGUCCACUGACAGUCGAUUGUAUAACAAGGGCACGUCUCGAUAAAGUACCAUAGUUUGUACCACUCACGUGUAUUACUACAUUUGGCUAAACAAUUACCACUGAUUGAUUGUAGGAUGAAUAUUAUUUUAACAAAAUAAUCAAAGUAACCAGAUAGAACUUGAAAUCACGCGUUUAGAAAGAUACUUGAAACAGCGAGAAAUUAUUUGAAAUAACGAGAAAAUAAUCAAGUAUAAAUUUAUUUUAGAAAUUUCAAGCAAAAAUCCCGUUUAAUUGAAAUAACGAGAAAUUUGCGCCACAAAAGAGGCACCAAUAGGUGACGUGAGACAGUCACGUUGAUGUAAAUAGUACAAAUCGCAGUACACAGCUGACGGUACUCUUAUACUCGGGACUCUCAGGACUCUCUCGACACGUGGACCAGGGCUCUCUUCUCUCCUGUUUUGGGGCGGUGGCGUAGCCUUGUGGUAAAAGCGUUCGCUUGUCACGCCGAACGCCCGGGUUCGAUUCCCCACA